CUCGAACAGCUGUUCUCUGUUAUAAAAUCAACCGGCAAGUUGUUUUAAGAAAUUUGUACUUAGUUUUGUAUUAAAUACGCUUUAAAAGUAAUGAUUGUGAGAAGAAUAAAGUGCCUCCGGAGUCUGGGAAUCCGCUACAAUAGUUCACAUUAUGUCACAACGCCAAUUUUCUAUGUAAAUGCAGCCCCCCACAUUGGCCAUUUGUACUCGGCCGUUAUAGCCGACGCCCACUGUCGCUACCAAAGAAUAAGGAACCCCGAGAAGAAUGUCCGGCUCUGCACGGGAACCGAUGAGCACGGCACUAAAAUCCAACAGGCGGCUUCUCUUCACGGGAUUCCCGUGGCCAAGUACUGCGAUGACAUAUCGGAACGAUAUAGGGAGGUCUUCAAAAGUGCCCACAUCCUGCCAGAUGACUUUAUUCGCACCACGGAGGAGCGACACAAGCGAGCGGUGGCACAUUUCUGGCGAACACUCCACUCCCGAGGGCACAUCUACUCGGCUGCCUACAGCGGUUGGUACUGCGUGUCGGACGAAACCUUCCUCACCGACUCCCAGCUGAGAUUAGACGAGGCCAGCGGCACACGUUACUCCCUGGAAUCCGGGCAUCCUGUCGAGUGGACUGAGGAGACCAACUAUAUGUUCCGACUGUCUCAAUUCCAGGAUGAUGUGCGUCAUUGGGUUAAACAGGAGGCGCGCAUCCGACCGGCCAAGUUCGAAAAGAUUCUACUGGACACUCUGAGCGAACCUCUGCCGGAUGUAUCCGUAUCACGUCCCUCAAAUCGCGUACACUGGGCCAUUCCCGUUCCCGAUGAUGACUCACAGACGGUUUACGUUUGGCUGGAUGCUCUGGUCAACUACCUCAGUUCCGUGGGAUAUCCUAAUGAAGGGUACUCCGCUCAUUGGCCUCCUGCACAGCAGGUUAUUGGCAAGGACAUCCUGAAGUUCCAUGGCAUUUACUGGCCCGCAUUCCUAAUGGCCGCCGGGCUAGAACCGCCUGGUCAGCUGCAUGUACACUCGCACUGGACCGUCGACGGGCAGAAGAUGUCGAAGAGCAAGCACAACGUGGUGGAUCCCGUCCAGGCGGCCCGCCAGUACACCAUGGAGGGCCUGAGAUACUUCCUUCUGCGCGAGGGCGUUGCCCACAGCGAUGGCAACUACAGCCACGUGAAGGCGCAGCGCAUCCUCAACUCGGAGCUGGCGGACACCCUGGGCAAUCUGCUAUCGCGUGCCUGCGCCCCGUCGCUGAAUCCCGGCCAAAUCUAUCCAUCAAGCGACGCCGAGCACUUGGCGGAUCUGCUCCGGACCCUGGAUGCGGCCAAACGCCUGCAGGAAUCGCUUCUGCAGCUGUCAGAGCGUUGCGCGUCGCAUUACGAGAGCAAUCACUUCCACUUGGUGGCCGACACUGCGAUGGCAACUCUGCAUGCGGCCAACAACUUCUUCGAGAGCUCCAAGCCGUGGACACUGAAGGCGGGGGCGACGGGGUCCAACCAGCCGCGUUUGGAAACCAUAAUCGCCAUGACAAUGGACGCACUGCGGCUCUGCGGCAUUGUGCUGCAACCCAUAAUUCCCCAGCUGGCCACGCGGCUGCUCGAUAAGCUGAGCGUUCCGACCGCCCAACGCGGCUGGCAUUACUUGGCCGAGAGUUUUGCCACCGAGCCCGUGAAUCUCGGCGGGAGCCGUCAAUUGGACGGGCAGACCAGUGCGCUGCUCUUCCAACGGAUUCUCGAGGAGAAGCCCGCGAAGGAGGAGCAGAAAACGCAGCCAGCCAAGCGGAGCAAAUCGAAGAAGAGGGAGCGACGCGAAACAAUGUCCUGAAGUGGCUGUAAUAAACUGAGUCCAAAGCCAAGAAACCGACGACUUUUAUUCAUGGCAAGGACUUAAUAACACUGUGGCACUAAAGAAUUUUCAAUUUGGGUUGACAAUAUCAGUUUCGAUUAGCGUAAAUAAUAUUUGUAGAGCCUAACUAGAACUUUAAAUGAGCUUUUGUUUGAACCCUAUUUUAUUAUUAUAAUUUAUUACUAUAGGCUUAGGAUUUAAUUCUAAAAUGUUUAAUGUUGAAAGAAAAAAUGCAUUUGUAAACUAA